UCGUGGCGGCAAGGACGACCUGUUGUUCUUUAUAUUAACACCAUUAUCUCCACAACCACCAGCUAACAGUUGUAUUUGACUUAAUAUACAGUUAUGGUUAAAAACGUCAAAAAAGCUUCAGCAGCAGUAAUAGGAAGCUUACACCAGUUUACUGAGGAUGAGGUUGUGACAGUACGACAGAAACUUCUAACGUGGUACGAUGCCAACCAUCGUGUGUUACCAUGGCGUACCAUCGCUGCCACCGAACCUGACCGCAGUAAGAGGGCUUAUGCAGUUUGGGUGUCUGAGAUCAUGCUGCAACAGACUCAAGUUAGUACAGUGGUCAGCUAUUUCGUGAAAUGGAUGGCAAAAUGGCCAACGGUGGAAGAUCUGGCCAGAGCUACCCUUGAGGAGGUCAAUCAGGUCUGGGCCGGUUUGGGGUAUUAUUCCCGAGCUCGAAGACUUCACGAGGGUGCAGUCAAGGUAGUGAAGGAACUGGAUGGUGAGUUUCCAGAUGAUCGCGACUCACUCAUUCAGCACCUGCCGGGUAUUGGUCGCUACUCAGGGAGUGCUAUAGCGUCCAUUGCUCUGGGCUGUGGUGUUGGUGUUGUUGACGGCAAUGUUAACAGGGUGUUUGCUCGCGUUAGAGGGAUUGGUGCGGACAUCACUCUGCAGUCAACAACAGAGCACAUGUGGACUUUGGCCAACCAGUUAGUUGACUCGGACAGACCAGGAGAUUUUAACCAAGCAAUGAUGGAAUUUGGAGCCACUGUCUGCACACCUAAGAACCCCAGUUGUAACUCGUGUCCUCUUAGUGUUCACUGCGUCUCCCAUCAUCGGAGUGGAGACCAACAGGAAAGGGCAUCCAUAACCAAUCAUUUUAAGAAGAGAAAGAUGCCCUCAGAAUCCUCUGCUGUUCCUGACAUUGAAUGCUUGCCUGAGUGUGCCCUGUGUCUUCGCAAGGAGGACUGGGACAGCAGUCUUGGUGUUCAGAACUAUCCCCGUAAAGCUCAGAAGACUCAGUCAAGACAGAAGGCAUCAGCUGUUGUAGUGUUGCAGGGUAACAGUGGAGAGAUGCUCCUAGUACAGCGACCCAAGAAAGGUUUAUUAGCAAAUUUAUGGGAGUUUCCAAGCAUUGCAUUGACAGAUGGUGACAGUCAUCAAGAGAAAGAAGUAACUGAGCAAUUAAUCAACCAGUUUGCUGUUCCAAGUUCAUUGUCUUCUUCAAGAAUUUUUGUUGCUGAUGUUAUCCACAUUUUCUCUCACAUUAGGCAGACAUACAAGGUGUACAAAAUCUUACUGGAUGAUCAAAAAGGGUUAACUUGGCCAUCACGAUACCAAGGUGGCCAGUGGAUGACCAGAAAAGAGUUCGUCACCUCUGCUACAUCAACUGCCAUGAAGAAGGUAUUAAAAGCUGUGGAAGUUUCAGAAGAGAAGAACAAGAAUGAGAAGAAGAUGGGGCUGGUAGAAAAAUCACCCGAUACCAAGAAACAGAAAACCAUCUCACAGUUUUUCACAGCGGCUCCCAAGAAAAAAUAAAAAAGUUAUAUCAUUGUUGUUCAGGUACAUGUAGAAUUCUCACUUAAAAGAUCAUUAAGUAGACUUUUAGUGAAAUGUACAAAGGGAAGAUAUUGUACAGUGCUUGAUACUUUUAUUAAGAGUUUUAAAGUAAAAAGAUUAAUUUUUUAUCAGUACGGUUCUGUAUAUUUUAUGUAAAAUUUAAUUUUUUCCAAUCAUCUGUUAAUAAAUUCCUUAAUAAUUUGUAUGUAUCAGUGUCAGUAAA